ACCUUCUCUGGUCAUGUGACUAUAUAAACCGCAAAACAACACUGGUGAUCGAAAUAUAAGUCUGUAAAUAGUUGUCCUGCAAGAAAGAACUUGCUAGCAAGAUACAUUGUUUACACUUUACAGGAAAUUAUAACUGGAUCCACACCUGUCUAACAGGCAGGCCGUUUCAAUGCAUUACAGAGAACCGAAAACGCUGCGGAGAUGGACGCGUACGAUUUGUUUACAAGUUGCAGAAAGGGCGACAUUUCCAGAGUUAGGUAUCUUGUUGAACAGAGAGACGUGGACCUCAAUGUAAGAGACAAAUGGGACAGCACCCCGUUGUACUAUUCUUGCCUCUGUGGCCAUGAGGAGCUCGUCCAGUACCUGUUGGCUAAUGGAGCAAAGUGUGAAGCCAACACAUUUGAUGGAGAGCGAUGCAUGUAUGGGUCUCUGAGUGACUCCAUCCGACGUCUCCUAAAAGAGUACAAGUGCAUCACAGCCCAAGCCAUGCAGAGGGACUAUUAUGACCACUUCCUUCUCACGUUACUGGAGCAGGGCCAGUAUAGUGACGUCAAGUUCCUGGUUCACGGUGAGACAUUUCAGGCUCACCGCUGUGUGCUGAGCGCUCGCUCAGAGUACUUCACAGCCAUGUUUGAAACCAAAUGGAAAGGAAAGAACUUGAUCCCCCUCAAACACCCUUUGAUCAACCCAGCAGCCUUUGGUGCCAUCCUGCAGUAUUUUUACACUGGUCGUAUGGACAUUGAUGUGAGCCACGUGGAGGACUGCAAGCGGCUGGCCAAACAGUGCAAAAUGGGCGACCUUAUUGAUGAGUUGGAGAGCAAGUGUAAACAGGUGUAUGAGUUUGUCUCCAAUAAACCAGGGACCUGUGUAAAGGUUCUGACCCUGGAGCCUCACAGCUGUCAGCAUCAGGAGGAGAUGGCUCAACUGGCUGACUGUGCCCUCCCUGCUGAGCUAAAAGUGGGAUUUGGCGAGCUUCCAUUUGACAGAACUGACAACUUCCCUAGCUACCCUGACAUUUGCUUCAGGGUUGAAGGUUAUGACUUCCUGUGUCAUAAGGCGUUUUUCUGUGGACGCAGUGACUAUUUUAAGGCGCUGCUGCAGGACCACUUCAGUGAGGGAGAGAUGAUGCAGUCCCAGCCCAGCACCCCAGUCCUCACCAUCCACAACAUCUCCCACGAGAUCUUUAUCCGUCUCCUCUAUUACGUCUACAGCGACGACACAGAGCUGUCCCCAGAGAAUGUGUUUGAUGUGCUGUGUGUGGCUGAUAUGUACCUGCUCCCCGGGCUGAAGCGUCUGUGUGGUAAGACGCUGGCCAAGAUGCUGUGUGAGGAUAACGUGUUGCACAUGUGGAAGACAGCCAAGCUCUUCAGACUGUCUCGUCUGGAGGACCAGUGCACGGAGUACAUGGCUAAGAUCAUAGAGAGGCUGGUAGAGAAGCCUGAGUUUGCUGACAUGAUCAAGGAGGAUGCUGGGGCGGUGGAGGACCGACACGAGACUGACUCCAUCCCUCUGGUGGACGACAUCCGCUUCCACAUCACCAGCAAUGUUCAGACCUUCAGUGCCAUUGAGGAGGCCAACGUGAAGCUCGACGCCCUGGAUCAGCUGCUCUCCACCAUCGGUCUGGAAUGCUAAUGAGAAGGUGUGGUGGUGGGUUAGGGCUAGUACUGGCUAAGCUAGCUGCUAGCCACAACCAGUGGCAAGAAGGACUUUUAUUGGACUGUUGAAGGGUAUUGGGGGAGACAUUCAAUAGCUUUCACAUUAUACACACAAAAAGAGUGUUUAUUUCACCAGCAAUGGCUUCAAAUAGUUUAAAUGCUUCUGGGCCAGACCAGGUGAUGGGCAAAGCACCUUUUUGCAAAUAAUGUGAAUGCUAUAAUGUGAAAGACCGAAGUAUGUAGGGACUGGAGGCGUCAAGUUGCUAUUGAGUAUCUAGACAAGGAUAGGGUUGCUGAAGAAGUUGAGGAUGAUGUUGCAUUGGAAUGAAUGACACACACAGAUACAGAAGCCCAUGUGAUGAGGAUGAAGAGUGAGGAAUGGAGUGUGGACUCUGAUUGUAAUAUAUACUUUCGUUUGCGGUUUUAUUUUGAAGUAAUGUAUUUUUCUUGGAACAAAACAGUUGGGGAAUGACAAGUCAUCUGACCACAAACAUAGUAGACCCAAUAUCACAGAAGAUAUUACAGUAUGUUGGCUUAGAAAUGUAGCUAUUAAUUAAAGAACCUUCGCAUUUGUGUGAAAAAUACCCAAUUAUGAAAAUCUCUGUUUUUAAACAAAGAGACUCAGAGAAAGAGCAAAUAUUUUACUCGUGUGAUGAAUUAGAAUAAUUAUAGAAUUCUGAAUGACAGCAAAUGUUUCCCCUAACAUGGACAUCACUCUUAUUUUUACUUUCAAAUUUUCCUGACUGGUAGGAAUUUGUUAAACUAUGUUUUAGCGGCUUGCUUUUCUUAAGAGGCAAGACAUUUUGAUUAUUUUUCACCUUGCGCUAGUAUAUUGUAGGCCUAAAUGCAUGCUGAUUUACUCUUGUUGUGUAUGCAUGAUUUAUCUUUAUAGAAUGUAGCUUUUUAUUUAGGUGUUAGAGAGGAAACCAUAGCUAGUUACAUGGCUAUGUUAAAUAUUGUUUAAAUCCCCAAAAUAAUGAAAAGAAAUUCAGCCUCAUAUGACAAUGUAUUGAAACGUUUUACUGUUAAUCAUGAGUAAAGUAAAUAAUUUGUUUUUCUGAUUUAGUUUUGAAAAAAUGAUGACUGGAGUCAAGUAAAGACCCAAUAAGAGAAUUUACAAAAUGUAAGUGUUUUUUUAUUUUUAGUUGGCAAUGAUUUAGAGAUCUCAUGACACAACUUGUAAUCUAUUUGAUAACUAGAUAUUGAAUCCUGUCAGUCACAUUCAUGCAGCAAAUGCAUUUAGCCUCAAUUUGCAUGCAGUGUGGGGAAACCACAGUAAGAAGGAAGUGAGUAUUUUCACAUACAGCAGUCACAAUGAUCCUCAUUUCCUUAAAGCAUACUUGCAUGUACAAGCAGACAGACAACUAACCACAAGCAAUACAGUGCAAUUUUGAUUUAUUUAUUUUGAACUCAAUCUAAGUCCCAAUAUCUCUUAUCUUUAACUAUGACAUUCCACUGCUAUGCAUAUAUCACUUUCAAAAUACAAAUGUAUUUUUCAUUGUCAACUUUACCACAUAUACUACUGGAUAAGCAUAGGAUUGUGCUGUAAAUAACAUUAACACCUGUACAUGCUGAACAGACAAAUACAUGUUAUUUGUUUGUGAAGCUUGUGUGAUUGAAGUUUCUUAUGCGGACUGUUCUCUAAGAGGAUAGCACACGCUAUAGUUAGUAAUGAUUUCCCAUUAUAUGCACAAAGUAGGAUCAAUCAUUUAUCCAGUCCGCUUUGAUAAAUAUGUAAGGGAUAAUCAACGAGGGGCUGUGCCUUCUCUGGAAAAUAAUGAACAAAGUGGAAGGUGUGCAGCUGAGUUGCAUUAUUUUCCAGAGAACGCAUAGAGCCCCCGAGUUGAUUAUCCAUUUUAUAUCAUGGCUAUAAUUUAGCACAUUUACCGCUAGAAAUGUGUUCAUCAUCCACUUAGAUAGCUAAGCAGUUUACUAGCUAGUGACGGUAGUUGCCUUGGUAACCAAACAAACGUGCUAGUUUAACUAACCAAACCAUCAGUCGUAGUUUGCUAUUAUGAACGUCGAAUUCUACAAUGCCAAUGAUGUUUUCAAUUCGAAUUUUGCUUUCAAAAGCAGCUCAAACAUAGCACAUGUAAGAAUGAACUAUAGCCAUUGAAUUAUACCGUGCAAAUAUACCAUGCGUUAAAUAGGAAAAUAAUGCAUGUUCUAGAAUGCCCUUCAAGUUAAUCCAAAACAAGUAUUCAACAAUGCCAUGGUAUAAUUAACCAAUAAAGCCCGAGGGGGUGUGGUAUGUGACCAAUAUACCACGGUUUAGGGCUGUUCUUAAGCAUGAAGCAACAAGGAGUGCCUGGAUACAGCCUUUAGCUGUGGUAUAUUGGCCAUAUACCACAAAUCCCUGGGGUGACUUGUUGCUAUUAUAAACUGGUUACAAAUGUAAUUAGAACAGUGAAAAUAAAUGUUUUGUCAUACCAGUGGUUUACGGCUUUCAGCCAAUCAGCAUUCACAGCUCGAACCACCUGGUUUACAAUUGGAUAUAACUUUUUUUCUCUGGAUGUUGACGUGAUUGUGUGUGGUAGUAGGAUGGUCCAUGACAGUGCUUCCAAUUUUAUUUUUAUUUUUUACUCCUGUAUUUAGCUUUUAUUUGAAACAAAUGUUUUACCAUUGUCACAUUGUUAGCAAUAUUGACUCCACAUACUUUUUAUUUUAAGUGAAAUAAUAUAUUAUGGACAAAGCUGUCAGUACAAUAAAAAGUGAAGAAAAAAUGCA